AUGAAGAAGGGCUUGGUGUAUGAUCGCGUUUGGCGGAGGGAAUACGGGGAUGCUUCGGAAUAUUCUAGUAUUCGUGGCGUUUAUGGGGCCAGGGAAUGGAUUGAUGAUUUGGAUAUUGUUAAUGAGUUGGGCGGGCAUACUGGAUGUGUUAAUGCACUCAGCUGGUCUCGGUCUGGGCGUCUUUUGGCCUCUGGUUCCGAUGACCAACAUUUGAAUAUUUAUUCCUAUCAGCCGGAAUCGUCGACUGCUCCGUUCGCUCUGAAUACCACGAUCCUGACGGGCCAUCGGGCGAAUAUCUUCUCCGUCAAGUUUAUGCCGCACUCUAAUGACCGUACCCUGGUGUCGUGUGCAGGUGAUUCGCAAGUGCGGGUCUUCGAUAUCGAAUACUCCAGUAGCAAUAACAAUGCUGCCGCUACGUCUGCUAACAUGGCCUCUGCGAGGACUCGACGUUUCAGCAAUUUCUUCCCCGGCGUGCAAUAUCUCAGCGAGGGCAAUACGAAUGCGAGGGCCUAUCGGUGUCAUGCGGACAGUGUAAAGCGCAUUGUGACCGAGUCUUCCCCGUAUCUCUUUCUUACGUGUUCCGAGGAUGGUGAUGUUCGCCAGUGGGAUUUGCGGCAGCCGUCAUCUGCAUACCCGCCGCCUCGAGGUGGGCAGGGAUUCAUGUCUUAUCGCCCGGGGUUGCAGCAUGAUGAUUCGAAUGUGCCUCCUCCGUUGAUCUCAUACAAACGCUACAAUAUCGAUCUUAAUACUAUCUCCUGCUCUCCCAGCCAACCGCAUUACAUUGCUUUGGGCGGUGCCCACCUCCACUGCUUCUUGCACGACAGACGCAUGCUGGGUCGGGACCGUCUUGCUGAGAAGGGUCAACCGAGUAGUUCGUCUCAGAGUCCCAGCAAUCAUGAUGACGAGGAAAUGGGACAGGCUACGAGGUGUGUACGGAGGUUUGCACCCAACGGGAAGAAGCGAAUGCGGAGACGGGACACCGGCCAUAUUACUGCAUGCAAAAUUAGCGAUGCAAAUCCGGAUGAGAUGGUGGUGAGCUGGUCUGGAGAUCACAUAUACAGCUUCGACGUUAUUCGAAGUCCCGAUGCCGGAGAUGUCAAGGGAGUAAGUGAGAAAACGGCGCGGACAAGUUUAGGCUCCCGUAAAAGGAAGACGUCUAAGAGCAGAAAGCGUAAGCGUCAAAAUGGGACUUCAAUGUCGUCGCAGAGCAGUGGUGAUCGCCACCAGUCACGCCGCCGGUCGGAGGAACAGGACGAAGGCGGAGAACUGUCAUUCAGAGUCCGCUACGGCAAUGGUGAGUCUGGAGAUAUCUCAAUUCCGCCCCUUCCAAAUCCUAUUCUCAGUGCCCCGGAGGAAGAGAUCGAAGCAGCCCGGUACUCUGUGCUUAACGAAGCACAGCGUCUUAGUUUUCAGAUCGCCAAGGGUCUGGUCAAAAUCAGGAGGUCUCUCUUCUCGCUCGAGGCAUCUGUGCGUGAAGCAGCCGAGGCUAUCGAUAUGGACCCUGCCUCUUAUGCUGAUGGAUUUACGCCUGCAUUAACGGAAUCGUCUAUAUGUCUGCAUCGGAUGGAAGAGGUCAUGAGAUCGUGGAGGUACCCAAUGAACCCCACCGAAGAUGUCGUGGCCGUUCAGCAGACGCUACGGCGCAAUCGAGGCUCGGCUUGGAGGUUUGUCCAGGCCGCAGGGGCCCUUUCACGGUUUCUGGGGGGUUCGAUUCAGGCUGCUCCUGGGGAGGAAACCUGUGGGAUAGAAAGCUUUCAACAAAUAGUUCCGGCUCCCGGAGAAAACGAUACAGUCGACCGGCAGUCCCAAUUUGGCUACGACUUUCUGAAGGCCAUUAUGCUCUGGCUCGAUGGGGGUCGUCAGGCUCUCCUGGAGGGAUUCCGAUGUAACCCUGUCCAACGCCGCAAUCCUACUCGGUUUCCAAUACCGGAAACAGCUGGUGAUAGUGCCAUCGAAGAUGUACUGAUUCCAUAUCUUCAAGACCUAGCCGGUACGUCUCCAGUAGUGAACGUUGAUGCAUCCAGGUUCGAACACGACCAAACUCGUGUCCUGUUCCAAACACAGAAGGCUGCAGUCACCGCUUUCAAGAAUGCAAUGAGACUAGACUUGGAAGAUCUGGGGAAUACCGCAGCGACCCGAAUACAAGACCCGAGCGAAACGACUCGUCCACUUAACAUUCGUGCUAUCGACCGGUCCGCAGCAGUACGCUUUUGGGCUUUCAGGGUAGGCAGGGGGAUUUUGAUACAGGCUGGUAAAGGCGUCAAUUUUGAGUUUACCAAUCGGGCAUUCGGUGGCUUGCAUACGACCCUGCAGGGCGACUUGGAUACCGGGUCCGGAUUGGAACGGUCCCAGGAUGAUAUUAACCCCAAUGCUGAAGAGGAGUUUGUUGAGGAUAUCGGUUCGAUAGCUCCCGGUCGAUCUACCGGCAGAAGGAAUGUCGCCCCCGAGUCGGAAGAUGGAAUGUCCGAAGCCAGUAAUGAAAGCUUUUUUGAAGAGGAUUGGAACGACGACGAUGAUGGAAGUUCUGCAGGCGUUUCCUCUGACGAGGAGUUGGCAGAUGACGGUGACGUUUUUAUCGGUAGGUAUGGUUUUGGGCGACCACGGGGGGAGAAUGUUCAUCUUGACGUUCCUUGCUCCUCGCACACGCGGGUGUACCGAGGACACUGCAAUAUCAAGACCGUGAAGGAUGUUAACUACUUCGGUCUGGAUGAUGGGUAUGUGGUGAGCGGCAGUGAUUCGGGCCAUCUCUUUAUCUGGGAUCGGAAGACGUCGAAAUUGGUCAAUAUCCUCGAGGGCGACAGUGACGUUGUCAAUGUUGUGCAGGGUCACCCGUAUGAACCGACCAUCGCUGUUUCUGGAAUAGAUAAUACCAUCAAGAUCUUCUCUCCGGAUCAACGGGCCCAGGACGAUGCACGCCGGGGUAUCAAUAUCCUCGAUCCUGACAACCCAGCCAAUACGCUCGGCCGGCAUAUCUCGGGCGUGACUGGCCUGAGGAGUCGAAAAUGCAUGCAGGACAGUUACCAGAUUACUAGCCAGAAUGACAUUGACCGACGGGGGGGAAUGAGUGAGGCUCGCAUUACGACAAGCAUGCUUGCACGGCUCGCCGCGACCCUGAGGGAACGACAUGCUCUUGGUGGGGGACUCGCCGCCUUUGCUGGAGGGGGAGGUGGUGGUGAACAUGCGACGAUUGUCCUGGACCAGAAUUGCAAUGUUAUGUGA